AAAAAAAAAAAGUUUACUGUCGGAAACUUUUUUAGACAGUGUGUAAAAAUCCCGCACAUGAUAAUAAGGUGCAUCGGAUGUACUCGCUGAGUCUGCGUCUCUGUUUAUUCCGUUUUAGCUAAAAUUCAGUGUGCGCCGGACCUCAGAUAAUAUGAACAUGUUCACCGUUCAAAUUUAUUAUUUGUCAUUAAGUUGCGUUCAGUUCAUCGUUCUCAUAAAAAUGAACGUGUUCAUGCACAACACUGCUCGCAGCUUGAAGGGCUUUUUAGCCAUGGGAAAAACUGCUGAAAUCAAAUUAUUCAGCGUUGUUCACAUUUUUUUUUUUUAUGUGAUGUGACAGCGUAAAACUAAUCCAAAGUAAAUGGGCUGAUUUAGCUGCAUCUUCUCAGUAACUGUAACAGUAUUUCUCAUUAAAUAGGUACGCUGGAUGGAGACAUAAGCUUUUACCUGUAUCAAGCAAUCUAUCUGUGGUGUAUUUAUUAACCUAAAUAAACUAUAGACAUACACCAUCUGCAUACCCGUCAUACUGUCACCAUGUCACCCCAUCUGUACACCAAGCACUGUACACUUACACUUUUAAGAGGGACACAUUUGUUUGUACCAUUGAGUAUAGCAUCAGGUGCUUUGUUAUUUGACACCCAGUGUUAUUCAAGCGGUGCUGGAGCUAUAUGCAAAUUUGUGGAAUUAUAGUAGUAGCUCUGGAAUCCCUUAGAAACUCCACCCCUCAGGUCUGCACCACUGUUUGUAAAACUCAGGAGCCUCACAGCCUGGUGACAUUUAGAAGACUUACGCUCUACCUGAAGACACUGACAUGACUGUCAGUUAUGUUAAGCCAUACAUUCAAAAAGGACAUCUAACUGGUGGGCAAAGGCAAAAAAAGACAGAAAGACAGAAAGAAGGAAAGAAAGAAAAUUUAUGAAAAAUGUGAAGAGAAACUUUACAGGUUUCUGCUCUGAAAAAAAACCCACAAUCAAACACAGAAGAACAGUAACUCAGUGCAUCUGAGACAAUGGACCUGAAGUCCUCUCUGCUCGAGCAGGACCUCUCCUGUCCUGUGUGCAAGGAAAUCUUCCAGGACCCCGUGUUCCUCCUCUGUUCACACAGCUUUUGCCGUGCCUGCCUGAAGGAAACAUGGAAAGAGAAGGAAGCAAAGGAGUGCCCAGUCUGCAGGUAUAACUCCUGCAUGGACCUUCUGCCCAGUAAUCUGGUGUUGAGGAACCUCUGUGAUGACUACCUGCAGGAAAGGAGCCACCGAGCCGUCACAGAUGACGAGGUGCUAUGCAGUCUCCAUGGUGAGAAACUGAAGCUCUUCUGCCUGGAGGACAAGCAGCUUGCAUGCCUGGUGUGCCGAGACUCAAAGAAACACGCGGACCACAAGUUCUGCCCCGUGGAUGAAGCAGCACAGGAUCUCAAGGAAGAGCUCAAGACAUGGAUGAAGCCAUUCAAAGAAACACUUACCACCUAUGAAGGAAUUCAGCAAACACUGAAUCAUACAGUGAAGCACUUAAAGAGCCAGGCCAGACACACAGAGGUGCAGAUAAAAGAGGAGUUUCAAAUGCUCUACCAGUUCCUCCGUGAUGAAGAGAUGGCCAGGAUUGCAGCGCUGAGGGAGGAAGAGGAGCAGAAAAGUUACACGAUGAUGAAAAAGAUACAGGAGAUUUCAUUUCUCUCUGAAACAAUUCAGGCCAUGGAAAUGGAGAUGAAGAUGGCUAAUGUUCCAUUUCUGCAGAAAUACAGUUCCACCACACAAAGAGCCCAGAGCACACUGCAAGAUCCUGGAAAGGUUUCAGGAAAGCUGAUUAAUGUGGCAAGUCACCUGAGCAACCUGAAGUUUAGAGUCUGGGAGAAAAUGCAGGGGAUCAUUGAGUACACACCUGUGACACUGGACCCAAACACAGCACACCCUUGUCUUAAACUGUCAGAUGACUUAACCAGUCUACGACUCUCCACUGAGAACCAGCAGCUUCCUGACAACCCAGAGAGAUUUGACGGCUACAGCAGCGUGCUGGGCUCCGAGGGCUUCAUCUCCGGGACACACUGCUGGGAUGUGGAGGUCGGAGACAGUACCACCUGGGCUCUUGGUGUGGUUUCAGAGUCUGAGUUGAAAAACAGAGAAGGCCUUUCGAAGUUUGGUCUGUGGUAUAUCGGUUGCUCUAAUGGUAGGUACGGUAAAGGCUACUCCACGGAACUCCUCACUCCCCUCACUGUUAAUCAGAAACUUCAGAGGGUCCGAGUGCAGCUAGACUGGGACAAAGGAAGGGUGGCAUUUGCCGACGCGGCCACUGGCAGCCACCUCCACACAUUCACUCACACAUUCACAGAGAGGGUCUUCCCAUACUUUUGUAAUGUGAGUUCUGUUAGGGCACUGCGGAUCUUAACCCUGAAGCCUUUUGUGAAUCUGUAACAAGAACUGGUUGCUGCAGAUGCUUUACAGCCAUGUAGUCUUCACUUGCACAGGACACUGCAAGUCUGGCCAUGUGGGACAAUGUGAUGUGGUUUCAUGGAAAAUAUUGAUAAUCUUGACAUGUGACCCAGUGUCAUGAUGUGAGCAGAUUUAUACAGCCUUAAGUUUGUGUGUUUUAAAUGGGGCUUAUACACUGGGUUUGGAACUAUCUGUGACACUUUCACUUUGACAAAAAAAAAAAUGUCCUGUUACCUGUGUUAUUUUUGCUGUGCCUUUCUACAGUAUAAGUAUAAGCUUGGGCUUUUCCACUUGCUGUGCUGCAGACGUCAGGCAUUGCCACGUCAGUAAGGUGAAAGGUGUUUUUCUGGUUAGCAAAUGAAGAGUCACUGUGAAAAGGUUUUUCCGGUUACUGCACGGAAGGAGUUACCUGAACCUAAUCCUCUUCUUAGGAGAUGGAACUUCAAAGCGGAAAAACUGUGUACCUUCCCAAAUCAAAUAUUGUGUUAUACAAACUACAGUGAGUAUACCUACUGGACAAGCAGUGGUAGACUUUUUCAGACCUUUUUUAAUGUCAAUAUUUGUGCAUAAAAGUUAGGUUGGUUUUUGUAUAAGAUGUUCAACACAAUAACUUACCAACAAAGCUCACAACCACUGCUUUGGCAGGACAGGGCCUGGACUGUUUUGAUGGCAGUACACAGUAUAGCUGUGUUCCUGGCUGUACCCUUACUGUUCAUCGUGUGUAUGUGAGUUUCCCUUGGUCCUUCUUUCCGGCAGGCUGGUGCUGCAUUGCUAUUUGGUCUGGUUAAUGCAUUCUGCAGCAGUUUAGUCUGACAUAAUUAGGUUUGACUUCAAGUUACAACAUCUUUUUUUUUUCUUUUUGACGUCUUUACGUUGUAUGGAUGAUUGUCAACUGUGACAAAAAAUGCAGGUGACUUGCACAGACUUGCACAGAUGUGAACUACUACUGAAUCUUGAUGUAAAUCUAAAUGUGAAAAACAGAAUGAACAAAUAAAAUGUGUUGGGAAAUACACAGAAGACUGUUGUACUAAAGGUAGUUUUUAUUUAGUGUUGUCGCAAUUCCUGUCUAUGUCUAUGUUUCGGAAUCAGAACACAACCAUUGAAUUAAACAUUCAAUAUAAAUUGUGGGAGAGAAAGAUGUCAUGUACUGAGCUCAUGGAAUGGUUGGGAGUGAUAGUCCGUUUUAAUAGUUUUGCUUUUGUAAGAUGCAGUAAGUGUUUUUCCACACAUCAUGCAGAGACAGAAAAAUGUAAUUUGGCUGACAGUGGCAGCACCCACCUCCUCUGAAACACUGGACAUGACUCUUGCUUUCCAUGAUCCUCUUCUUUGCGUGCAUCUUUCACAGAAACAUCUCUUUGAGUUUUCCUGCCACCUAGUGGUGGAAGUGAAAACAAAAUAAUUAUUUUAAAAAGUUUUAAAACCUUCUUAGUUUCUUACAUUCUUCUUUCAUCUGUCCGUCAACCUUACAUUUCCCAAUUGACAGAGACACUUCACAAAACUUUUAAAACUCACCUUUAAUUCCAACUGUGUAUUUGUUACUUGUGUAACUGUGACCCCUAUAGUCUAGCUACGUUUUAGACCCUUCAGGAUGUUUUCAUCGUGUCGUCCAUCUUUUCAAGACCACAGAGGUAGGACUGGCUCCAGGACUGAUGGCCUUGCAUGCCACCGGAAUAAAUGGCUUAAAGGGCAUGGUUAUUAUAUUUACCCAGCAGGAAUUAAUGGCAUUAUCAGGAUGUCAGUAAGGCUCUCCAGUAUAUGAUGUAUUACUCUGUAAAAUUUGUAAAAAAAAGUAUGCCACUUUUAUGCUGUAGGAAGAGCUCAAGACAUGGAUGAAGCCACUUAAAGAAAAACGUACCACCUAUGAAGGAAUUCAGCAAACACUGAAUUAAACAGUGAAGCACUUAAAGGUGGGGAAAUGGAGAAUUUACUUUGUGAUUCAGUUUGAUUUCUACCUACUGCAGUACAUCCUCUGAACUUACAUGGGAAGGUCUCUCCUUUCAGAGCCAGGCCAUCACAAUUGUAUUCUAUUCAGCCAUUUUGUUUGUAAUUUUAAAAGUGACUGCCUUGAGCACAACUGACUCCUAACUGCAGAGGUACAGAGCCCAGAGCACACUGCAAGAUCUUGGAAAGGUUUCAGGGAAGCGAUAGACGCAGAGGAAACAACCAUAUUGCGAAACGCUAUGCUUAUGUCGUUCAUGAGGUGAAGCAUUUGUGUAACUGUGACCCCUAUAGUUUAGCUGUGUUUUUUUAGAUCUUUCAGGAUGUUUGCAUCGUGUCGUCCAUCUUUUGUAAGACCACGGAGGUAGGACUGGCCCCAGGACUGAUGGCCCUGAACAAUUAUACAGUAAGGCCAUCAACUGGCCAUAUCUGACUGGCGUUACUGAAUAUUCAGUAAGUCCUAGUUGAUGUAACCCUUCAAAUAUUGAAUUUAGUUCAGAACGGUAAGAUUAUUGUAACUUUUUUUAAUACCCUAUUCUGACCAUGCAUAAUUCCCAGUUGUCAUGCUUGAUACUUCUCAUUAAAAGUUUUGUAUUUGUCUGUUAUAGAUUAUAGAUUGGGUUACUUAAUAAGUAAUUUACUCUCACAGGGUCAAAACUGUUACACUGCACAACUAUAAAAUAAAACAAAUAUAGGCAAAUACAAGCAGUCCGACAAGCAGUCCGACAAACAGUCCGAUGAGGUGUGAUUCCCAAAAAUCAAUUGUGAAAUUUGUGGCAUUUGAACAGCGACAUGAUCACCACACACACUUUAGCAUACUCAUCAGCAUACUAGCAUAAACAAGCCACAGAAAUGGGCAUUUGGUAGAUUUAGUAUGGGCCACAGAUUAAGCGUGAACAUGACAUGCCACCUAUAUAUACAUGUCUCAAACAUUUAUGCCACAGAUUCAGGUGACAUGCCAUUAGAACAGUCCUGUCAAAAAAGGAGUGUACUUGUCAAAAUCUGACAUACCAAUUUAUGGGACAUGUCACACAUGUGGGUAGCUGUGGCCUCACAGAGUAAACGGAGUUCCAGCCACUUACAGUAGCGAGUGUGCUUUCAGUGGUUCCAGGACUGAAGAGUACGCCCUCUGUUGGCCAAAUCUGGAUAGUGUUGCAUUAGAGGAAUACUAAUUUCAUCAUGUCCAAUAUAAAUACUGGUAAGAUCGCGGGCGGUUUUUUGUUACUCUAACCUUGCUGUACUCAGACCCAAACAGUUUCACACUUUUAAGGAGGGUUUUACGUUCACUUUGAUUACGUUUAAGUCUGUUCAGGCAGCAUUUGACCCGACUUAGUGAUAAAAUAUUUUACUGCACAAAAAAAAAAAAGGUCUCUGGACAUUUUAGCAGAUGUGUAGUCUUUGAAAAUCAGCCAUCAAAUUGAUGGCAUUUCAAGUAAAACAAACAAGACCACAGACGAGGUUGUGGCAUCACCUUCGCAUCUUUAAUAUUAAUAAUAUACAGUUAGGUAUAGAGAACAUAUUAUAAUAAAAUGAAGAAAAAAAAAAAAAAAAA